ACUCCACAGGAAGCACUUCAUUGAACCAUUGAGGCAUUGUGGGUAGGCGGAAAAAGGCUCAAAAAGAUACGCGAAAGCGACAAACGCACGUUGCAUAGUCGCAUUAGAAAACCAACAAAAAGGAAGAAAAUAGUUCUCAAGACAGAAUCGAGAGAAACGGUUGAAAAAUGUCCAUUGGCGUACCCAUCAAGGUCCUGCAUGAGGCAGAGGGUCACAUCGUGACCUGUGAGACCAACACUGGAGAGGUGUACAGAGGCAAGCUGAUCGAGGCUGAGGACAACAUGAACUGCCAGAUGUCCAAUAUCACUGUGACCUAUCGUGAUGGCCGAGUGGCACAGUUGGAACAAGUGUACAUCCGUGGCAGCAAGAUCCGCUUCCUGAUCUUACCUGACAUGUUAAAGAAUGCUCCUAUGUUAAAGAGUAUGAAGAACAAGAACCAGGGAUCAGGCGCAGGAAGGGGCAAGGCAGCCAUUCUCAAAGCACAAGUGGCUGCAAGGGGCCGAGGCCGUGGUGGAAUGGGAAGAGGCAACAUCUUCCAGAAGAGGCGAUAACUGCUCCAACUGUGUUAAGAUUGUUGCGUUGUAUAGUCUUUUUUUUGUUUUGUUUUUUUGAUUUUUGUCUUUGGAAUGGACAUGUUUUGUUUGCUAGCUUUGCUAGCUUUGCAAGCUUUGCAGUUUUUUAAUGAAAAUAAACAUAUUUCAAUUUGA